CCUGAGCCUCUCUCUCUCUCUCUCUCUGUCAACUGGGCUUGUUCCUUCUCAACAAACUGUCUGUCAUAAAUUCGGUUUCUUCAGCCUUCUCUUCGUUUUGGGCACCUUAAUUAAUAUCCCUUUUUUUUUUGUCAAACAAGAGUGGUUUUUUCAGUGCUACAGAGCUGACCCAUGGAGAACAUACUCUGUUCUGUGGACAAUAUGCAAGAAACGCCAAUUAAAAGCCUAAUUCAAUCAAAACCCAACCAUUUGGAAUGCAUAACACCAGCAAUGGAAGAUCAAGAGAUGGAUAAAAAAUCUGAGAAUUCAAGCAAAGAUUUGCGCAAAAGUGGCACCCCAGAUCCUCUCAAAGUUCCCAAGGCAUUUAAGUAUCCUGAAAGGUACAGAAGCCCAACUGAUCUUAUGAUCUCACCCAUUACGAAGGGCAUUCUUGCAAGAAACAAAAAGGGUGGGGCGCUCUUGCCACCAAGUUGGAAUCAGCCUAAGGUUCAAGAUGUAGAAACUCAGGAUGUGGUGCCUUUCAAAAUCGAGUUAUAGACGUUGGAAAAUAGAUGCUAAAUCAGAUGGAUUCUUGAGCUUUAUGAAUUUUGUCUAUAUAAAUCGUCUUCCAUUUCAUUGCAAUCAUUUCAAUCUGUUUGUAAUAACAUUAUUUAAUUCUGAAGUUCAUGGGUUGGAUCGGUUCCUCUUCUGAAGGUAAGAUCAAUAAGCAGAUGAGAUUCAAUA